AUGGGGGCGUCGUCUAUGUCCCUGUCAUCAUCACCCUCACCCUCACCUCACCCUCGCCUUCACGAUGAGCUCUCGCGUGCAAAGAGAAAACAGUCGUCAGGAUACGGACAUCCUGGCCGUGAAGCCAAUAAUCCUAGGGCUCAGACACGGCACAGUCUCACAGCCGAACGCACCCUUGACAGGACGCUACAAUAUGGGUAUAGCAAUGGAUUACCCGAGUUUGCGGGCGGCAUGCAUAGUACUACUGCGCAUUCUGGUACUAUUCGUGGCUCUUUCAGGACUCAGUACUCAGUUAAGCGCCCUCACCUCGCCUACCACGUCCUGUCAGCCUUUAACAUGGUUCCUUGUGAAUCCUUGAGCUCAAUAACAUUAGACUAUUAUGCCCUUCACCACCUAGGGAGUGCGGACUAUCUUGUUGCGAGCUCCAAGACAUAG